UUAAAAGGAAUUUGCUCGUCCUUUCUAGUUUUUCUUUAAAAGAGUUAUUCAUUUUUUAUUUUCUUUUGCAAAAGUAAAGUAUUAGUGAAGUGUUUUUAAAUUAAACUAGAGUCUGAAGUAACAAGUUCUACUAAAAGCUCUAAAGUAAUAGUAAAGUGAAGAUGGCAACCAAGCCAAAGUCAGAGCCGAAUAAGUUCAUCGAGUUGAAGAAGACCAUCGCAGGAUUACACAAGGAUAUCGCGUUUCUCAAGAAGUGUAUAGAGUACAGGCUUACUCCCGUAAGUCACAAGGUAAAAGUUAAAACAGCCACAAACCCCAACAUAGUGAAGACACUUGAACAAACACUCAUCAAAGAAAGCAUCAAAAAACUACACAGCAAGAUCAACAUGAAAACUUUGGAAUGUUAUUCUCUCCAUUUAAAGUUAGCGAAAGAUUAUCCUGAAUCUUUCCCUAAUUUUCUAACAAAAGUAAAAGUUGCAGAAUUUUGUGAAUCAGAAAGAAAAAGGAAAUUACUAGAUAAAAAACUUAAAGCAUUAAAGAUGCAAAAUCCGAAGUUUACAUGUUCUUCUACACAACCACAAAACACAACACAAGAACUAACUGGGUUAGUGGUCAAUCGCUCCUCCGAACAGUUUACGGAAGAACAGUUGACCCUUCUCAACAAAGGUCUUAACUACGCAGUACACUCUAAACCAGAUUCAACACAAACCAUAAUCGACAUUGAAACAGCUAUCAACACGAACAAUUUACAGACACCACAGAUUCAAGAAAUCAGAACUCAAACAGCUAACACUAUUCAAAACACACAACAAAACAAAUUGAACAAAGAACACCUGAAAGAACAACGAAUAAUCAAAGAACUUAACCAGAAACCAGUUUUCUAUCUGAAAGCUGACAAAGGAAACAAAACAGUAAUCAUGAACAAAGAGGACUAUGAUGAAAUAAUGAAUAACAAGAUUCAAAAUGGACCUUACCGAAAACAACGUACUGAUCCUCUCCCAGGAUUAGUAAGACGUGUUGACAAAACUCUCAAAGAGUCUACACCAGUUUUAGGAAGCGUCAUUAAAAGCCUGAAAGAAUCUAACCCUUCAUUGCCAAGAAUAAAAGGACUUCCCAAAGUUCAUAAACCUGGAAAUGAAAUGCGUGAGAUUGUUUCAGCCAUUGGUUCACCUACACACAAAAUUGCCAAAUAUUUAGUACAAGAAUUCCAAAACAUGCCUAAAAAAUUUCAUAGUAGAUCUGUCAAGAAUUCCGAACAAUUCACAGAACUAGUACAGAAUUUAUCCGUUAACGACGAUGAAAUUUUAGUUUCAUUCGACGUUAAAUCACUAUUUCCAAGCAUUCCAGUUAAAGAGGCCAUUAACCUACUAGAAGAUUGGCUUCUGAACCAAUAUGAAGAUUCAAAUUCAGAUUGGAUUAAGAAAGUUCGUACAUACAUCAAAUUAACCAAACUUUGUAUGGAAGAAAAUUAUUUUUCGUUCAGAAAUGAAACCUACAAACAACUUAAUGGUGCCCCCAUGGGCAAUCCACUUUCUCCAUUUUUAAGUGAAAUUUUUAUGGCAAAUUUGGAAAAACGCUUAGAAAACAACAAACAACUUCCUGAAGUCUGGUGGAGAUACGUUGACGACGUGUUUAGCAUUGUUAAGAAACAUCUUUUACCUGAAAUCUUGAACAAUAUCAAUAAUGCACACAAAAACAUCGAAUUCACUUGUGAAAUUGAACAGAACAACCAACUACCAUUUUUGGACAUACUCAUCGUAAAACAAGAAUCAACACUUUCCUUCGAAAUUUACAGAAAACCGACACACACUCAACGCACUAUUCCAAAUUCAUCAAAUCACUCACAUCAACACAAAAUUGCAUCCUUCAAUCACAUGAUACACCGAAUGCAGACACUUCCACUUAGUGAAACAGGAAAAACGAAAGAACUUAAUUACAUUUUCGAAACAGCACAGUUGAACGGUUACACAAAACAAACAAUACAACAGAUCAUCAACAAAAAGACACAACAACAAUACAGACGUUCUUUGACUACACUGACACGGACAGAACCUACACUUAAACGGAUAACUGUGAACUACAACAAUGACACCAAAAAACUCCGACCAAUUCUCAGAAAGUUUGGUUUUGAAUUAGUUUUCACAAGCAAAGCUAACCAACUUCAAAAUCUCUUAGGAUCUACGAAAGACCCGUUGGACAAUUUAACAAAAUCUGGUGUUUACAAAGUAACAUGUAAUCACUGUGACAAAAUAUACAUAGGACAAACAAAACGCACACUCAACACACGAUUCAAAGAACACAUAACGGAAGUAUCAAAAGCACACAAAGACACAGACAAGGGACUCAUUCAUCAUUUUAAAUCUAAAGUUGCUGAACAUAUUUUCAAUGAAGGACAUUUUAUGAAUACUUCAAAUAUUAAACUCUUACGACACAUUACAAACCCAUGGAAACUUGAUGUUGCAGAAAGUUUAGAAAUUUACAAACAAAACAAUAAAAAACUACUUAACAAGGAUCAGGGCAAUGGGUACACGUGGCUGUUUAAAUUUUUACCUAACACACACAAAACAUUACACAAUACACAAAACACAAAUUGACUACCUACCAAAUCGGCAGGAAAAAAUAACACAAUAAACACCAAUUGACUACCUACCAAAUCGGUAGGAAUUUUCCUAGCUUUAGGUAUCUUAUUGACACCCUGUUUUCUAACAGGCAGAUACAUCCCCUUUUUUUCAAAUAUGUACCUACAAUUUUAUACCUAGACUUUUACCCACACACGUACCUACACAUACACUCCUAGUAUAAAUACCACAACGAAUGCGAGCACUUGACACUGAAGAAGUCUGUAAGUCACAGACGAAAUAGGCCUAUCUGUCCGAAGAUAAGCACAGUAGUAGAAUUAAAAGGAAUUUGCUCGUCCUUUCUAGUUUUUCUUUAAAAGAGUUAUUCAUUUUUUAUUUUCUUUUGCAAAAGUAAAGUAUUAGUGAAGUGUUUUUAAAUUAAACUAGAGUCUGAAGUAACAAGUUCUACUAAAAGCUCUAAAGUAAUAGUAAAGUGAAGUCAUGCGGAUUUAAAUUUAUAUUCAUUACACAUUUCAUGAAAAAAUAUUCGAGUUAAUUAGAACAACUGAAUUAUUGGAAGGCGCUCCAAGGGAUUGAGAGCAAAAUUUCCAUUUUUUUCCAGCCGGUGUGUCAACCUUGAAUCCAGCUAACACCGUUUCAGAUAUUCGCGAAGAAUCAUGAAACAAGUCUGCCAAAACUUUCCUAAUAAAUGUUAUAUUUUUCCAAGAACUCGUAAGGGGUGAUACACAAAUUAUGUCACGCAAAAAUCGGCCAUUUUCAACCCCCCCCCCCCCCUCCCCCCUAUGUCACACGUUUUGUAUGAGAUGUGUCAAUAUGUAUAUGCCAAGUUUCUGAAAAUAAACCUUCCAAGUCUCUUGCUAGAUAUUUUUAAGAAAUUCAGUAAAAGUCUUGGAAAAACGUCUUUAAAAAACACACUAGAAAUAAUACAGUAGUUUUCGAAGGACUUAACCGAGGCUCUUGAAAACAAAAUAGCACUAAUUCGGCUCAAGAUUUCAUUCAGCAUUUAUUUAUAAAGAUCUUGUCUGAAAUUUUCCAAAAACAUUCUGAGCAAGAAAUAUUCCGAGUCGAAUAACUAUGUCACAUCAUAGACAUAGACACUCCGAUAGUGAGCAAAAAACGUAAGACAGUGGUGAAAAAAAAAUAAAGACGAGUACAUACGCCCCUCGGAAUUGCUAUGAAAAAUACGACAGUUUUUUUUUACGAAUUUGAAAAUUUGAAACAAUAAUGAACAUGUGCACCGUGGAGCAAUUUAUUUCCAAAAAGUGCACCGCGAGCCGAAAUGCCUGAAAACCCCUGCCCUAGUGGACAAAAGAGCUGUAAAUUCGGUUAAGUGGUUGAAGAAUAAAAAAAGAGACAUGCUAAGUAUUCGACUUAUGUAUGAUCUUACAAACCUUUAAAAAUAUAUACAAUUCAAUGAUGAAAAAAAAAUAUAUAAGAAAGGCUAGAAAUCACUGUUGGGUGAUUAACAUAAUCUUUUUGGUAAUUUUCUUUUCAAAAUAUGUAUUUAAAACGAAAUUCGUGAAAAAAAAAUUUGCUUCGAUAUAACGUAACUUCGAUAUAACGUAACGAAAAUAAAAUUGCAGUUACGUUAUAUCGAGGUAUGACUGUAAAACACCUAAAAAAGUCUUUCGUUUUUAAAUAGGAUUAACUAAUCUGGGAGGUAAUCUUCUCAUGCGAUUAUCUCAAUGUUUACGUUUUGCAGAUAGGCCCUUUUCAAAUGUUACGCUAGAUUUUUUGACGUAGGAUAACCUCUUUCGGCAACGGGGUACAAUUCCAAAAUUCGAGAUCAGGGAAAUUUCUGCCGUAGCUUCUUCAGAAAUUAAAUCCUUCUGUGAUUCCUCAGGAAGUUCCACCUUAAAUUCUUUUUUUUAGAAGUUCUCUGGAAUUCUUGCUGGAGUUUCUUCUGAGAUUCCUAAAAAGAUCUAAACUGCUAUUCCUCUAGAAACUUCUUCCGUGAUUCUUACUGGCUAGGGGUGGAGGGGGAGUUCCUUGAUUCUUACUGAGGUUCUAGGACUUAAAGGGAUUCCUUCUGGCAUUUCUCCAGGAACUCCUGAGAUUCUUUGAAUAGUUCUUUUCGAAUGUCUUCAGAAGUUUUUAGACUACGAGAAGAAUAUCUUCUUAAGCUGCUGCAGCAGUUCUAUAACCGGGUCGUCUUUGUUUUGCUAGGUUUCGGUCAAGGAAGGUUUAUGAGUCAAACUUGGACUUGGAACGAGCGGUAGGCAAGACAGAGUUUGCCGAGGAUAGCUUGUUCCACAUAGAAACUCCAGGAGAAGUCCCUUCAAUAUUCUUGGAAGAAUUUCCUAAGAAGCUUAUGGAUGUCCCGAAGAUGGGCAACAUCGCGCCCGAAAACGGUCGACAGAAAAGAUAAAUUUUAAACCCUUUGACGAUUGUAAGAACGAUAAGUAUUAUGUUUUGUCUCGCGUCGCGUCUCUAGAAGGAACUUCUAGAGUUAUAAAAAAAACAAUCCUAGACGAAUCCUGGAUGCAGAUCCUGUAGAAAUCCCAGAAGCAGUUGCUGAAAGCAUUCCGGAAGGAGUUCGCAGAGGAAUCCCGGAAAAAACUUCUGGAGGAAUCUCCGGACAAUUUCUUGGGGGAACCCUCAAAGGAGUUUUCAGAUGAAUCCUGGAUGGAGUUCCGAAAACGAUUCUGGAAGAGUUUCUAAAAAAAAUCAGUAAAAAGUGCCUGAAUGAAUCCCGAAAGAAGUUCUUGAAGAAGUUCCCAGAAAUGAUUCCUAAAAACAAAACCUUUGAAAGCUUCAGGUACUCUUCCAGGGUUUCUUUUAGGAAUCACUUCUGGAAGCUACUUCAAGAAUAUCGAAAAAGUUCUGGGAGGAUUUCCUAGAUGAAUCUCAGAAAGAAUUGCUGUAGAAAUUCCAGGAGAAACUCCUGGAGGAACUUCACAUGACGUUCCUAAAGCAUUUCUGGUGGAAUCCCGGAAGCAAUCCCGGAAAGAAUAUUUGGAAAAAUCCCGAGUAAAAUUGCUGGAAGGAUCUCAGAAAAUAUCUCCAGACGAAACUAUGGAAGGAAUCUGUAAUACCUGGAUAAAUCCUAAGUGAAGCUUCUGGAUAAAUUCCAGUAGGAAAUUACUCCAAAAGGAUUCCGGCAGGACUUUCUAAAAGUAUCCCAGAUGGAAUCUGUUUAGGAUUCUCAAAAGGAGUUCCUGCAAGAAUACCAGAGGAAUCUUCUGAAGGAAUCUUAAAUAAACCCCGGAAGAAUGUCAUAAAGAACUGCCUGGAAAUCCCAGAACAAACUCCUGGAAGAAAUUUGUGGAGAAACCGCAAAACAAUUCCUGUGGCAUUCCAGAUAGAGCUUCUGAAGGAGGCCACCAGUGUAAGUCAUAAAUCAACACACUUUCACACACAGGCGUAGCGAUGCCACAUUUAUUAGAAAAGUGCUUCGUUGACAAAAAGUGAUGAACGGGAGGGACAACUUACGAAUAUUUCCGUAGAUUCCGGUAGAUAUACAAUAAUGCGGGUUUCCAUAAGGCGACGGUAGAAAAAUAGGGGUUUCUGCUAAAACAAUCUUAGGAUACGUAGAAAUAGCUUAAUUUUGUAGAUCUACGAACAUUUCCGUAGUCCAAAUUGUAAACCACAAGAAGAUUAAUUCAAUCAUGAAUUCCUGUUGGAAACUCUUCCAGAAAUUUUGCUCCAAAAAUUGUUUCAGGAGAUUUUAGCAGAGAUUCCUUCAAGAGGUCCUUCUAUGGACUAUUCCAGGAAUAUCUGCGGAAGACCCGUCAGGCAUCCCUAUAAUAGUUUAGCCUGGUAAUCCUCCUAGAUUUGAUUUUUUUUCUGAGGAUUUUUCCAGGAUUUCUGUUUAUGGGUUUCUUUAGGAACUUUUGGAAAGUUCGCAGAAAAAAACUGCAGGAAAAUUCCCGUAAAGAACUCCUGAAGCACUCCAGACUCCAGGAGGAUUUUCAAAGAUUUCGAGAAGAAAUUCCUGGAGGAUUCUCAGAAACAAACCUUGAAGGAUUCGCGACUAGAAAAUUAUAUCAAGAUUAUAUCAUAUUGUGUUAUUACGUUAUAAUAUUUUUUUUCUAACUUAUUAUGCAGGAUGAUGUUAAAAUAACUAAAACUGUAACAAAUAGUGCACUGGUCUAAUCAGGAUAAUAACCUAUUUUGUUAUGAUCUGAUCAAAAUUAAAACAAAAUGAUGUGAUAUGAAACUUAGCGCUUCAGGAUUAUUAGUUUCUAUCAGAAUGUGAUACAAUUUUGUUAGAUUAUUGUUCAAAUGUCAAAGAAUUAUAACUAAAUUAUAUUACAAUGAGUUAUCAAACAGCAUUUAUAACAUAAUGUGAUAUAAUUGAGUUACAAUAUUUCAAAAACACCAAUGAUGUUGAAUAUGAUUAUAUCACAAUGAGUUAUAAAUAUCAUGGUUUGUUUUAAUUAUGUUAUAUUUUUGUUAUGAUUUUCUAGUCGGGUUGCUAGAAUGAAUUCCUAAAGAAUUUAUCAGAACUAUUCUGGAAGAAAUCCAGCAGAAGCUUUUGGAGGAACCCCAGACAAAUCUCAAGUUUUUUUUUCGGAUUUUCUGAAACAUUGACAGAUGGAACUCUUUGACUGAUCUCUGCAGGAACUCAUUAUGAAAUCCAAAAAAAGCUUUUAGGCUUUUAGGAGAAUAACAGAAAGAAUUGCCUGAUGAACACCAAAAGAACAACGAUUAAACAGAAUUUUUGGACGGAAUUCCUAAAAAAGAAUCCCGAAAGAAUUUCCUUAGGUCCUUUUGAAGAAAUUUCCGGAGAAACUAGACGAAUUCCAGAAGCUAAAUCUGGAUGAAUCGCAAAAGGAACACCUGCAGGAAUUUCAAGACGAUGAAGAAUGAAUUUCUUUAGGAAUGUCAAUACAGUAGACGUUCGGUCGGUGCAAACGGUUUAACUGCAAUGCUUUUUAACUGCAAGUCCGGUAAGUGCAACAAAUUUGCAGUUAUCGCACCGCCAAACGUCAAAAUGGUGCGCCAUGUUAGCCCAAAUGAGCAGUCGGAUCACGUUCACGGUUAUUUUUUGUCGUUUGACAACUUGUUGACAUCUGUCAGUCGUUGCAGUCACCGAAUUUCGUUCGCUAAGUGAAACGUAAACAUGUUGCAGUUAUCGAACGUCUACUGUACCUGGUACCUGGUGGAACUCCACAAGGAAUCACCGUAGAAGCCCCUCGAGUAAUUACAAAAAAGAGAAAUCUGUUCUCAGAAGGAAUUCCAGGACAAAUUCCUUUGAUUAGCAACUCUUCUCUUUUUAAGUAUCCAAGCUAAAACUUCUCAUGGUAAUUCAAGAGUUGAUCAAACGGCAUUGUCCGCUGUUAUUUAAAGGAAUUUCACAAAUAGUUUUGGAGGAAUCCUAGAAGGCAUUUCUUGACGAAACCUAAAAGUAGCUCUGGAGAAGUUCCAAGAGAUUAUAUACGAUUAUCGUGCGUUGGAUGUCUUCAUAGCUGUGCUGUAUGCACUCUUUUUCUGUGCUUGGCUCUAUGUUUUAAGAGCGUUUCAGAGGAGAUCCAGGGGCGUCUUAAAGGGUACCGGGGGGUUAGAGAGGGAAUUCCGAAGGAAUUCAUUUCUGGAAUAUUCAUCCGUAGUAUACCUUCUGGCGCUUCUGAUGAGUCCAAUGCCGAGUGAAAUGGGUCUGUGUCAUUUGGCAUAAGAUCGUUUGGCAUAAAGACCUUUAGCAUAACGGUCAUUUGGCAUAAUGGAAACUUGACAUAAUAAACAAGGGUGCAUUUCGAUUAUGCCUACUGUCCAUUAUGCCAAAUGACCGUUAUGCUAAAUAUUUUUAUGCCAAGUGACUUUAUGCCAAACGACCUUAUGCCAAAUGUCCCGCUCCCAUCCAGAAAAGUUCCUGCUGAAAUUCCGGAAUCAGUUUCUACUGAAAGAAUUUCGGAAGGAAUUCCCUGAAGCAAUCCCGAAGAAAAACUUCUGGAGGAAUGCCAGAAAAAGUUCUGAGGAAUCCCGAAAGGAUUUUUCAAUGGAAUCCCGAAGAAAAUUCUUAGAAGAAUCCAUAAAGAACUUUCAGAAGAAAGCUUAGAAACAAUUCAUAAAAGAAUUCUGGAAGAAGUUCCUGGAGAAAUGCCGGAAGGAGUUCCCAAAGGAAUCCUCGCAAAAGUUCCUGGAGAAAUCUUCAAAGAGUUUCUUGCAGUAAGAAAGCAGUUUCCAGAAGAAUUCCCACCGGAAUCUCGUAAAGAGUUCUUGAACGAAUUCCGGAAGUAAUUCCGGAAAGAAUCCCGAAAGGAUUUCCUAGAUGAAUCCCAAAAAGAAUUCCUGGAGAAAUCCCAGAAGGAACCUUACCUGAAAUUUCUAGAGAAGUCGUGGUGUAACCCGGAAGGGAUUUCGGAAGGGGUUCCUCAAGCAAUUCCAGAAAGCAUUUUUGGAAUAAUCCCGGGUAAAAUUGCUGGAAAGAUCCAAGAAGAAAACUUCAUAAGAAACUGGAGGGUAUCCGUUGAAUUUGAAUAAUACCUGGAAUAAUCUAAUAAGGAACUUCUAGGAUUCCCAGAAGGAAUUUCUUGAGAAAUCUCGGAAGGAAUCCCAGGAGGACUACCUGGAGGUAUCCCGGAUAGACCCGCAUUAGGAAUCUCAGAAGAAGAUCUUGGAAGAACUCAAAGAAAAUUUCUGAAGGAAUCCUAGCCAGAAGGAUGCCACACUUUCGUACGCACGAUGGUGCGGAAUUUCUCCGAAAACUGCUCCGUAGACAAACAGUUAGGACAAUUUUGGAAUUUUAUUUCCGUAGAUUCCCCCCUUAGAAGAUCCGUAAAAAAAGCUCAAUUCCGUUGAUUUACGGAAACUUCCGUAGAUCUGGCAAGUUGUUAUGGAUUUUAUUUUGUUUAUUUGAGUUUAUGUUAUAAAGGAAAGAAUUGUACGAAAACAUCUUGUUUUAUAUGUUCUAGUAUCUGUAUCCCUGUUUGUCAUUUGAGCAUUUGUCGUGAUCCGGAAUUAAAUAGGCUCGUGACAUGUAGCCAAUUUUGGAUUGCCUAUCUUCAGGACAAUUUGGGUAAUGAUCAUCAGGAAUCCCUACAAUAGUUUAGCCUGGGAAUGCUCCAAGAAUUUUUCCUUACGGGUUUCUUCAGGAACAUCUAAAGAAUUCGCAGAAAAAAUCCAAAUUUCCGUAAACAACUCAAGAAGGAAGUCUUGGAGAAAUCCUUAAACGAUCUACUGGAAGAUUCAGACAAGGGAUUUUUCGCAGAUUCAUGGAAAGAAGUUCAGAAAGAUUUUUAAAACAAACUUUUAAAAGUUUUCUUAAAAUGAAUCCCUUGAGCAUUUUUAGAAAAAACUUCUGGAAAAUUCCCAGAAAGAACUUCUGGCAGGUUUCCAAAACGAACUCCAGGAGGAUUUUCGAGAAUUUUUCAGCAGAAACUUUUGAAGGAUUCAUACAAGAAAUCGUUGAAGGAUUCCCAGAAAUAAUCUUUGAAGGUAUGUUCAUUUUACUUAAGAUUAUGUCAAGACAAUUCUGGGAGGAAUCCAGUAAGAAUUCUCGGAGGAACCCCAGAAAACAUGAAGAAUUGUUGGACGAAUCUCAAAGCACUUGGAGUUUUUUCGGCCUUUCAGUCUUUGGUGCGCAAUCUCAGAUGAAUUUUCUAAGGGAAUGCCAGACGGCACUCUUCGAUUCAUCUUUAAAGGAACUCCUGAUGAAAUCCCAUUAAAAAAAACCCCGGAAGGAUCUGCUUAACGAAUCUCAGAAGAAUUUCUGAAAAGGAAACCCCUUUUGAGAGCUUUUAGGUAAAACCAGAAUCUUUUGUGUAGAACUCAGAAUGAAUUCCUUUAGGAAUUGCAAUGCCUGCUGAAACUCCUAAAGGAAUCUCCGUGGAAAUUUAAAAAGUAAUUUAGCCCCUCUAAGAUGUUAGGUUAGGCGCACCACGAUAGCGUAGUGUAAGAUCAGCGAGCCUUUCUGGGUCAUAUAGGAAAGUUUCUUCCUGUAUUCUUCCGAGAGUUCUUUCCGAGAUUCUUUCAGAAGCUAAUUUGAGGAUUCUUUCAGAAGUGCCUUCUAAGACUCCACCUGGAGCUCCUUCCUAGCAUCUUUUGAGUGUUUCUUCAGAAUUAAUCCAUGAUUAUUUUCCGGAGAUUUCUCGUAGAGUUUUUUUUUUCGAAGGUUGCAGUUACUUCCAGGAUUCCUCCAGAUGAUCCGAGAUUAUCCAGAAAAGGAAUAAAAAAAACUCCGGGAUUCCACAAGAUUUUUUUUGGUAAUUCCUAAGAUAGUUCCUACCGGAAUUUUCCAAAAUUUCCUUCCGGGAUUCCUCCAAAAAUUCUUUCCAAGAUUUCUUCAGGAGGUCCUUCCGAUAUUGCUCCAGGAGUUCCAUUCGGGAUUUUUUUUGUGGUUCUUCCUGAAUUAUUUCAGGAAUUACUUCCAGGAUUCUUCCAGGAGUUUCUUCCAAGAUCCUUCUAAAUCUUUCCGGGAUUAUUUCACGAGUUUCUUCCAGGAUUCUAACUGGAGCUUCUUUCGAGAUUCCGGGAGUAUCCUGUAAAGGAAUAGAAAGAAUCUGCGAUCCAUCCAGUAGUUCCUGCCGAAAUACAUAUUCUUUUGAUCAUUUAUCAAACUUCCUUUCGUUAGAUUCCCCCAGAAAUCCAGCUUCCUUCUGGAAUUCCUCCAUAUGUUUUUUUUCUGAAUUCCUUCAGGAAUUCCUCCUGAAUUCCCCAAAAAAACUCCUGUAUAAGUAUCAGGUGUUACUCCUUAUGGAAUUCCGGCAGAAAUUUCCGGUAACAAUACCUGGAAGCAGUCCCGGAACUCAUGGAUGAAUUCCGGAAGGAACUCUUGGAGGAAUCUCGGAAGGAACUCUGGAAGGGAUUCCGAACUAUUUUAGGAAUCCCAGAAGGAGAACCCCUGGAGAAACUUCAGAAGGAACUCCUGUAAAAAUUCUGGAAAUAACUCCUGGGGGAAUCCGGGAAAUAAUUUUGGAAAGUACUCCUGGAGUUUCUCGAAAAAAAACUUCGAAAAAAUGUGGAAGGAACUCAUUGGGAAAUGGCUUGAGGAAUCCUAGAAGAACUUCCCGAAGGAACCAUGGACGAAAUUCCUGGAGCAACAUUGGUGGAGAUUCUUGAGGUAAUCUCUGCUGCAUUUUCUGAAAAAAAGUCCUGGAAAGAAUUCCUGGAGAAAUUCUGGAAAAAAUUGGCGAAAUCUCGGAAGGAUCUCCUGGAUGAUUUCCGCAAUGGACUUUAGAAAAAAAAAAUGUUAGAGGAAUCUUUAAAGGAACUACUGGAAAAUCCCAGAAGGAACUUCUGAAGCAAUUAUUAACCCUGGGUCAAUAUGACUCAAACAGGCUCGCUGAACGUGCACUACGUCAUCGUGGUGCGUCAAGCUAAACAUCUUUGGAAGGUUAAAGAAACUCCUGAAGGAAGCAGUUCUUGCAGUUGCGUCUCGUAACCCACUUUUUGCCUGUUCAACUACCAAAAAACAGCCAAUUGCAAAGAAUGUAUACGAAUAAAAUUACAAUGAAAACAGCCAAACAAGCUGUUUUCGUAAUUUUCUACUAAUAACAAGCUAAUUUAUUCAAAAAAUUAAACAAUUUACACUUAUUGAACAGGAAGAUUUAAGGUUAGGGAAUUGCCUCUGAGUUUUUGGAGGAAUCCAAGAAAGAAUUUCCGAAGGAGUACCAGAAGAAAACUCUAGAGGAGCCCCAGAAAGAACUGCUGCAAGAAUUCCUGAAGGAAGUUCUUAAGCAAUUCUAGAGGAUUCCACAAAGGAACUUUAUUACGAAAAUAUAGUGAAGCACCACAAAUUCAUUUUAAAAUUACAUCUUGUAGUGGAACACUACAAAUGUGUAAUAAACUAAGUCAUCACUUAAAACAGAACAUACAUUUUGCCCUGUUACCCUAGUGGAUAACAAUUUCCGAUGACAGGAUGACGAGCUUUCAUAAAUGUUGUUGGUCCAGCACAGCAGUUAAUCCUGUAAUCGUAUUUCUCUGGCAAGUUGCCUUUCGUUGGCAGCGUUAGUUGCUUUCGUAGCUUGAGUUUUGUCUAGGAAUUUCUAAUCCUGAAUCGCGUUUUACUAUGAGACGUCUACAUUAUGAUGUUCCUGUUAGGAAAGGUUCUACACAUGUCUUCUAGUUAAUCAUUGCCCGAAAUGACCUGAAUGUAAGCCAUCAAAAUGAGAGUGAUGAGAUCUCAUGAUGCUCUAUUAAGCCAGAGCACUACAAAUGUGAAUUCAGCUUUGGACAAUAUUCACAAGUUAAAAUGGGACUGACGACACUAAAACAAAACUUGUAAUAAUUUAUGGAUGAAUUCUGGAAGAAAUUCCUGAAGGAAUUCCGGCAGUAAUUGAAGAAACUUCUGGAGGAAUUUCAGUAGGAACUCCUGGGAGAAUCGUAGAAGAAGUUUUGGAGGAAUCCCGAAGAAAAACCUUAAAGAAAUCCUGGGGUAGGUCUUCUGGAGGAAUCACUAAGGAAUCUUCUAGAGGAAUUAUGGAACCAGUGCCUAAAGGGCUCUCGGAAAGAAUUUCUAAGGUGUUCCUGAAGAGACUUUCUGAAUUUCUGAAGCACUUUUCGAGUGAUUCCAGAAGAAAUUCAAAAAAAAAAAAAAACACUGGAAAAAAUCCUUCAGGAAUCUUGAAAGGAUUUCCGGGAGGUUCCUAUGGAUUUCGGGAACGUUUCUAGGGAAUCACAGUAACUUUCCUUGGAACUUUUCCAGGGAUCUCAGAGGAAUUUUCAGAUUUGAGGGACAUUCCAAGAGGCUAAAUCAGUGAUGCAGCAGUAUUCAACCUCGCUGACGGUAUUCAGAGUUAGCCAGCCAACAACUCUAGGGGUGAAUUAGUUGAUAACCACUGGGUUAAAGGGACCCUUCAGAAACGCUGAGAAACAAUGAAACGUCACUGAGAUCCCCUAAAACCUCUCGUCCCGAACAGUUCCUAAGCCUGAAGCACCUUCCAGGAGAGCCAUGAUGCGCCCCCAAAAGCCUAUUGAUACCCCUUGAAACCUACCUACCAUGAAACCAUCCGAGACGCCCUGAAGCAUCCCCAAAACAAAACUUGCCCAAAAACCCCUAAAAAUCUCGAGAAACUACCUGAGACACACUAAAACGUUCCUAGAGGUCGUUAAAAGCCCUCCAGAUCCAAGUCCAGAUCACUCUAAAACGCCACUGCAACUCAUAGCUGAGUAUCAAGCUUUGUCGAAAACAUUGUAUCUCUCUAUGUAAGCAGUAUUCUGAAUUUCCUAGUAUUUUGUCAAGAAUUCCUCCAGGAGAUUCUUCAGGAAACCCUCUACAAAUUCUGGAAGUAUCUCCCAAGUUCUUCUAAUAAUUUUAACAGGUUCUCCUCGAAAACCUAUGGAAUUCAUUUGACCGGCGGAAAUUAGAUUCUAUCAGCAAUUUUUUCCGGAGUUUUGAAUGGAUAUCUAUUAGGAAUUCAUUAAGAAAUAUUUCAAGAGAUUCCCUCUGGAUUACAACAAAGAGCAACUCCAGCAAUUUCUCCAAAAAUUUCCCUUGAGAUGUUUCGCUAGGAGUUCCACGUUAGAUUUUUCUCAACGAAACUUCUUCAAGAAUACCUUUAGAAAGCAUUCCAAGUGUUUGGAUGAGAUCUACAAGACGCGACGCGAAACUAGACGCAACACUAAAUCGUAAAGGAUUGACGAUUGUAAGAACGAUAAUUGUUAUGUCUUGUCUCGCGACGCGUCUUGUGAAUGUCGAUUCUGAUGUUCUGAUUUCUGAUUUCGCCAAAGUGUGCUUCUACACCGACGCUUCUCUCUUCUCUUCUCUCGACGCGUCCUCUUCUCCGCCACUAUGCGCAUACCCUAACCAAGUGUACGUGUGA